AUGGAAUCUGUGAGUCAAUUGGUAAGUAAUUGUGCCAGUAGAGGUAUUCCUGCGCAACAAUUUCUCAACUUUUAUCAUGAACUUAUCAAUGAAAAAUACGGUGCUAGCCUAAAUGCCGGUAACGAAGAGCGUGAGUCGGAGUCCAGAAAGCAGGUGUUUGAGGAUGUCUCUCGAGAACUUGUCCAAGCGUUUCAUUCUAGUGAAGAUGCUAUACUUUUAGCGGAGUAUAUGGUACAUUUAUUAUUCAUAAAUUAUGAUACAUAUUUGAGUUCGGCGCUCUUACCACAGGUUUACUCGAUCCAAUCGGAGACUCUUUUAAUGCAUUUCCAUAGUCUUGCAGCAUCUUUCAUUGGAAAACUAGAAGACAAGUUGAUCAAAGAACAAAUGAGGCAAGAUUUAUCUACAUUCAUCUUAUCAUCAUGUCUUCAGUGCGACAUGAGUACUUUCAAUAACCAGCUCUUUAUCUCUAUUGUCAAGUAUUUGCAGGCACUCUUGACUUUGAUAGAUGAUAGUAUUGACAUCGAAAUGGACAAAGAUAAUUUAAAGCUAGCUGUAACUUCUUUGUUAACAAGGACUACUAAAUUGAAUAGAAUCUUAGGGAAGCGUAUUGGACGAGAAUUUGAGACAAAAUUAAACCUUUCACUGAGUGCAAAGCUCGCUAUGGUGAAUUCACCUCAAAUAUUCUCUCCUUCAAGUGGUGCUACCCGCUUUGCAGGAACUCCUGGCUCUACCAAGCCGAUGGAUCUCGCCCUUUCUGCUACAUCUUCAACCUCCAAUAAGAUACAAGAUUUGAAACUGAUACGAUUUUACAAAAACUUAUGGCUCAACAAUAAGAUUCAUCAUUUCAACACUUCAGAUUCUCAAUUGCUCGAGAAAUUCAGCUCAAUAAAUUCUCGGUUGUCGUCUUCCCUAGCGGAAGAGCACUUGAUUCAAGAGCAAAUCACUGAUCUAAUUGAAACCACAUAUACGUCAUUCGCUCAGUUGGUUAAUAAUAAAUUAUAUCAUCAAACCAACACAAAUUUCAACCUUCUUGAAAGAAAAUACGUUCAUUUCAUUACAAAAAGAUUACCAUUGAUUAUCAAAGACUUCUUACCACAAAAUCCAUCGGUAAUUGUCAACUCACUACAAAACAUCGAUGAAAAGGUUAAAAAAGCUAUUAAAUCUUAUUAUUCGAAUAAAAAUGAUUCCCCUGAGAGAAAUGAGGACUUAUUUGAUGAUUAUUCCGGGAACAAUUUUGAUAUUAGACAUGAUUUCUUGAAAAAUCUGAUAAUGUUGAAUCUAAGGCCGCCCAGUGUAUUGAACGAGUUCUUGCGAGAAGAUCAAAUGGUGGAUGUCAAAACAUUGAAAACGGAUGACUCGUUGGUCAUUGUGAACUCACAGGGCGUGCAAGAAAAAGUGAGCGACGUCCAAGAAGCUUUAAAGUCACUAAUCGCAGAUUUGGACAUAGAAAACCAAUACGUUGCAAAUGGCAAUAACUACCGUUUCUCUCCAGAUAACGCACUCCUGAAGCUUCUUAUGUCAUUCGACACUAUAGCACCCACCAAGCAGGUUGAAAUCGCAAACGCCUUUCUUCAGAUACUACAAAAGGCUACAGACACCUCGGACUUAAAAACACUAGGAAAAGUUCUUUGGAUACUAACGUCAAAUGUGGGACAUUCUACCACUUCAAUGCUCUGCUGCAUCUCGCCAGGUCCAUUUAUCAAUGCAGUAGUUAAGUUCCUAGAAAAGCAACAAAGGAAUUCCACAGUAUCGAGCUCUGAUGAACCAGAUUUUGAUUCUCUUCAUAGUUAUGUCACAUAUGGGAUGGCUCUAUCAUUUGUUGUUUUUCUGAAGACUACAUAUGACUUUGAUAUUGAACCUUUUAUUCAAAAUUUCGAAGAAUCAUACACUUUGAAGUUCCUUUCUUCAAUUGAAGACAUUUCGGAUAUCUUUGUGUUACAGAAUGAAUCGGCAGAAGGAUCCAAAUUAUAUCUUCAAAACUGGUUACGAGACCUUUUCAUUAAUGGAUCAAUCAGUGACUCUCAAAUGAAGAACACCAAUGUUAAAGAUCUCAUCAAUCUUAUUCCAUUUAUCUUUAAACAAAGCGUAAUUGCUGUCCAGGCAGGUGUUGUGUCAAAUAUUCUGAAUUUGACUAGCGGCUUUGAAUAUUUCUUACAACCGUUCCUUAUGCCAGGAUUGAUAAAAAUUAUGUUCUGGUUAGAGUACUAUCUACAUUCUUUGAAAAAUAAUAAUCCGCCUUCUCAGAUAUUGAGUUCCUGUUGGGAGCUUAUCAACAUAUUGAUAUGUCCGCCUUCAUUAGACGAUGAUGCAAAAGGUUUGCAUUUCAUGAUCUUGAAACUUAAUUGCGUCAGACUGCUCAACGUUUUGUACUUAUUCAGGAAUGAUGAAAGUAACUCCAGUCAGUAUGGUGUAUACGCAGCACAUGAGUCGAUUGAUCCUAAGUUGGAGGCAGUGAUAUCCAAGUUGGAAUACAUUGCCUCAAUUUCUAACAUUUAUGACGUUGACACUAAAUGCUAUGAAACCACAAAAGAAGUAUACUCGCAUGGUACUCUGUUCUCCAAUAAAAUACCAGUUACUAAUGAACACCCCAUUGAUAUUAUAAUGACGAACCAACUUAAUUCAUUUUGGAAUCUACACAGUAGUACGUACUAUAACUAUGAUUAUCUGCUGGAGUUGAUAAAACUUAUUACGCCGGAGAAGUUUUUAGUGGAUUCGAUAAGAACAUUGACCUAUAAGGUGGCAGCAUAUGGUAUUCCUGGUGUUCAAGGGAAACUAAACACAUCAGCUAUUGAACAGGUAGCAAACUUCCUCGCUUACUUCAUGAUUUUGCAUGAUGUUCAAACGGAAGAACAAAGACUUGCCCUUCUUAAUUACAUAGAAUCUGGUGUCAUUGUCUCAAAGGAAACUGAAACUAAACAAGAACCAGAAACUAAGUUAGAUGAUGACUUUGACAUGUUGUUCGGUGAACCGUUCAACAAUACCUUGGAUGAAACGUCCUUAGUGUUUUCGCAAAACGAGCAACCAAAGUCCUACAGCUCAUCAGUCUUUCCUGUGUUGCAUGACACUUUUGGUGUGGUAAUAGCAGAAAUGAAAAAGAGAUAUGAUACUAGUAAAAACAAUGGACUCCUCUCCGAAGCAGCGUAUGAAAAUGCAACGACAUUUAUAAGAAAAUAUGUAGAGAAUUUGAAAAAUUCGGUUGUAUAA